CCCAAGCAGCUGGAUUGCCCUGGGCUGCAGUUUUCCAAUGGCUGCCACAAUUUUGACCGGCUUUCCUCUGUUGUGUGUGUGUCUCCUGCUGACAUCUGGCUUUGCUGAGGCAGGCAAGCUGCUGGUAGUACCCAUGGAUGGGAGCCACUGGUUUACCAUGCGUUUGGUUGUGGAGCAACUCAUCCAAAGAGGGCAUGAGGUGGUUUUAAUCAUACCAGAGGUGAGUUGGCAACUGGGAAAAUCCUCCAAUUUUACGGUGAAGAUUUAUUCCACAACUUACAAUCUGGAGGAGUUGAAUCAGAUGUUCAAGACUUUCUCUUAUUCUCAGUGGAAAACUCCGCAGCGAAGCUCACUUUUUUUCGUCUUAAGUUCAUUAAAAGACAGUCUUCAACACCUUUUUUUACAUUGUAAGAAUUUGUUUAGUGAUCCAAAAUUAGUAGAAUACAUAAAGGAGAGUUCUUUUGAUGCAGUGUUUCUGGAUCCUUUUGAUGUGUGUGGCUUAAUUGUAGCCAAGUAUUUUUCACUCCCAUCUGUGGGCUUCACAAGGAGAUUGUAUUGCCAUUAUCUUGAAGAAGCCACACAGUGCCCCAGUUCUCCUUCUUAUGUUCCUAGACCUUUCUCCAUAUUGUCAGAUGUCAUGAGUUUCAGAGAGAGAGUGAGGAAUCAUAUCUUCCACCUGGAGGAACAUUUAUAUUGCCACUAUUUUUUAAAAACUGCUUUGGAAGUUGCAUCUGAGAUUCUCCAAAAGGCUGUCACACCUUAUGAUCUCUACAGCCAUAUGUCGAUUUGUCUGUUAAGAACUGACUUUGUUUUUGACUAUCCCAAACCUGUGAUGCCCAACAUGGUCUUCAUUGGAGGCAUCAACUGCCAGGAGGGAAAGCCAUUGCCAAAGGUAAGUUACCUCUUUUUUGCCUAG